AUGUCGUACCCUACACGUUCUUUAUCGACCCAUAUGCGCGCCCAGAGCGGCAUUGGUGCUUCCUCUGGCCAGCAGUCUGCGCUCUCGGCUCGUAUCGAGGAGAAACGCGCCGAGCUGGCGCAUCUCAAGGAGCUCAAGGACCUGAGCGGUGCGGUGGCAUCGCAAAUGGAGGCAUUGGAGCAGAAGCUCUCUACCCUGACGGAUGGAACAGAAGCCAUCGCAGCCGUGAUUGGCAACUGGCACAAUGUUUUGGGCGCCAUCAACAUGGCAUCAACGAAACUCGCGACGCCAGCAUCUGCACCUGCAAAGGAAGCCGAGGCGCCUGAAGGUGGUCCGCUCCCAGAGACACUCGUACGAAUCCCUACAGAACACGCGCCGACGCUACAUGCUCAGACGGAAAACAUGGAAGCCGCAGCGGCCGAGGAUGCAUCCAUGGCAAGCCCCUAG